UGCCUGUGUGGAAACAGCGACAGGCCCCGAUUGACGCUGCAAGGGCCCUGAUUACGGCGUGCGCAAUACACGUGGGGACUUCGAGGAAGCUGCUCAGAGUUUGUCGGUAAUGGGUGGCUUGGAGAAAAAGAAGUUUGAGCGUGGCUCUGCCACAAACUACAUCACUAGAAACAAGGCCCGGAAGAAGCUGCAGCUCAGCCUGCCAGAUUUCAGGCGCCUGUGUAUCCUGAAAGGGGUCUACCCACAUGAGCCAAAACACAAGAAGAAAGUAAACAAGGGUUCCACAGCUCCAAGGACGUUCUACCUCUUGAAGGAUAUUAAGUUUCUACUCCAUGAGCCCAUUGUUGGAAAAUUCAGAGAGUACAAGGUAUUCGUGCGCCGUCUUCGUAAAGCUUUUGGAAAACAUGAAUGGGAUGCAGUGGAAAGAAUUAAAGAAAACAAACCUGCAUACAAACUUGAUCAUAUUGUGAAGGAGAGAUACCCAACCUUUAUUGAUGCCCUGCGGGACAUGGAUGAUGCUUUGUCCAUGUGUGUCCUCUUCUCAACCUUUCCUCGCACAGGGAAAUGCCACGUUCAAACCAUACAGCUCUGCCGCCGACUCUCCGUUGAGUUCAUGAAUUAUGUUAUUGCAUCCCGUUCCCUGCGCAAGGUUUUCCUAUCAAUCAAAGGAAUCUAUUAUCAGGCAAACAUCCUGGGCCAGACAGUGACAUGGAUCGCCCCGUACACUUUUUCUCAUGACCACCCCACUGAUGUGGAUUACAGGGUCAUGGCCACUUUCACGGAAUUUUAUACCACCAUUUUGGGUUUUGUGAACUUUCGUCUGUACCAGUCCCUCAACCUGCAGUACCCACCAAAGCUGGACUCCCAAUCUGAGGCAGAAUUGAAAGUUGAUGAAGAGGAAAAAUACGCAUUGGAAUCUGAAGCCUACUUGGAGAAACUGUCUGCACUCAGUGCCAGUCUGUCCCGCGUGGUUCCUUCACAACCUGAAGAUGAUGCUGAAGUUGAUGAAUUUCCUGCAGAUCCAGAGAAUGCAGAUCAGGUGGAGGAACACAAAAAGCAACUACAGGAAGAGGAGAAGCACAAGACUCUGUUUGUCGGUCUUAAAUUCUUCUUGAACCGAGAGGUACCGCGAGAGGCGCUUGCCUUUAUUAUCCGGAGUUUUGGUGGGGAGGUGUCCUGGGAUGCCUCAGUCUGUAUCGGGUCAACAUAUGAUAGCUCUGACAAAUCUAUCACACAUCAUAUCGUGGACAGGCCCAGCAUAACACCUCAGAUCGUCAACAGGUAUUAUGUGCAGCCACAGUGGGUGUUCGACAGUGUGAAUGCUCGUAUACUUCUUCCAGUAGAAGACUAUUUUUUGGGUGUGAUGCUGCCCCCUCACCUAUCUCCAUUUGUUCAAGAGAAAGAAGGAGACUACAUACCGCCUGAGAAACAGCGAUUGCUUGCCCUGCAAAGAGGAGAAACAGUCGAUGAGGAGGAGGAGGAGGAAGAGGAAGAAGAAGAAGAAGAAGACAGUGAUGUGGAAGAAAAUGAUGGCGAUUCUGCUGAUGAUGAUGAAGAUGAGGAAGAAACAAAGCUUAAACAUCUAGAAGAUAAGUCUGUUGGAAAGAAACUGAAUGUGGCGAUAACAGCGGGUAAAGUGAGAGUGGUUGACAAGACGAGAGUAGCUGAGCAAGAGAAGAGUGAAGAGAAGCGUCUUGCCAUUAUGAUGAUGAAGAAGAAAGAGAAGUAUCUUUACAACAAGAUAAUGUUUGGAAAGAAGCGCAAAGUCCGAGAGGCCAACAAAUUGGCAAUGAAGAGGAAAGCUCAUGACGAAGCCAGUAAAACUGAACGAAAGAAAAAGACCAAGAAGGAGUGAGCAGCUGUUUUGCUCUGGGUGCUCCCGCAUCCAACGUUUCAUCUCUCAAAUGAAAACCAUAACAAUGCUUUGCCAUCUCCUCAUUCCCCAGGUCGAGUUGCCAGCUCUACUUUUCUAUCUUGGAGGCUGGCACCCAGCUAUAUUGGUCAUCCAAAGCAAAGCUGAGAGUGAAAUGCAGACCAACUAUAUGGAUUUGGCAUACAGAAAGAACUGUGUAUAUCGGGUUCUCACAAUGUAUAGUUUCUCACAAGAGAGGAAUUUAUUAUACAAACAUGUUAAUAUUGUUUUUUUCACUGCCAUAUGGGUACAUAGAAUCCCGUUGUCAGUGAAAAUAUUAUGAAUUUAUUAGGCUAUAUGUUCCACUGUGCCCACGAAAAUUGUGUGUUUGCCAGUGCAAGUCAAAAUAAUGUCAAUGCCUUUGUAGUGUUUUACAUUAAAUAAGACAGGUUUACUAGAUUUUAUGUAUGAA